AUGGAGGCAAUGCAUAAGAAAGAUAUUAUCGCAAAAGUCUCUGCUGUUGGCAUUAUUAUACUUGGACUGGCAGUAUUCGGAAUAUAUUUGGGCGUGCGCACAGAUGCUCUGCAGAAUGCAUGGCAGGGUGGGAAAAAGAGCGCAUUACCUCCUUCUUUACACAGUAUGGGAAGGAAAAGGGGGAAGAUAAGAAACCAGCCCGCAGUAAAAAAAGAAGCAAAGAAAGCAGAUACAGUCAGCUCAGAAAGUGACAGCACAUCUAAGACAAACGCAAAUACCGCAUGUGUAAGCACAGUAGGUGUAAGCGCAGAUGAUGAGGCAGCAGAGAAAUUGAAAGAAAAGACUAGCAAAGGUAAACGAGAAAAAAAAAUAGAGGGGACAAACACUGGUGUGCUUGGGUUGAAUGGGAAAGAAAUAGAAGAGAGAAAGAGUGAAAAAACAGAAGACGAACACGCGCUAGAUAGACAAGAAACUAGUGAUGCCACUAUUUGUGGAAGUUCAGAUCUGUUAGAUGCACCUAUGCUAGACGAAAGAAAACCCCCUCUUUCUAUAGAAGAAGAGAAAAGAAAGCGAGAUCUUGCUAAGCAGGCUGUGGAUAUAGCUGAAAAAGAAUAUGAAAAAGAGGUAGCCUGUCUAGAAGAGCUGGGUAGAGCCGCAGAGCUAUCUCAAAGUAUCUUUCAGAAUAAGAAUAAAGAGUUUGCGAGGGUGGAAGCAAGUUAUAUAGAGUCUAAGUGGGAAUAUGAUUCGGUUUAUGAAGAAUUAAGUUCUAUAACACAAGAGGUUAACAAGUACUGCACCUCACCUAUAAAUGCUCAAAUAGCCCCUACCAUACGCCUUGAGUGCAGCAGCGAAAUAAAAAGUAGUGGCGUGCUGCUGAAAGAGAUAAAAGAGCUAAGUAAUAUCCUAGAAACCGAAAAAGAAAAGAACAAGCCGCGUCUUAAAUGCAUAGAAAAAAUGCAAAAAACUGUUUAUAAUUCAAGAGAAGACAGCGCCAGAUACUAUUCAAGUGUAGUAGACAUGGAGAAAAAUUUAAUUAUUAUAUUAGAGUACACUUUAGAGAUGUAUAAAAAAAUAUAUGAGAAAGAAAAGUUGCAGCUUUUUGUGAGAGAAAAAGAGGCAGAGUAUUUUAAAAAGAAUAACGAAGGAAAAGAGUCAGAGGCACUAAACAAGAUAUUAGAAGGGCACACAAAGCAUAUAGAAAGUCUAGAAAGGUUUAUUCGCAAGAGUAGUGAUAUCUGUAAUCUACAGAAAGACGUUAUAUCUGGGGCAAUAGAAAGACAUGAAGCGUACAUAGCAUACGAUGCAGCAGAAAGCAAGUAUGCAGAGCAGAAAGAAGUUGUUUCUGUGAAAAGUGAUGCAUUGACCCGUGCAGAAGAGGUGUUGGAAAGACAUAAUUCUAGAAUAUAUAGUUCUGCAUCUAGCUAG